UAUGAGAGCUGAGGAAUGCAAACUGGAAAGGGCAUAUCUACACCUCUCUCUCUCUCACACACACACACAGAGUCCUUAUCACCCUAGUGGCUGCUGGUAGGCUGGGGCUCCCUGACCCUAGCAGUCAGUCCCUGUGGUGUUUGGUGUGUGUGUGUGUAGGACAGCAGACAGACGGACAGAGUUGUGAGGCUCGUGACACUGCAGCAGCUGCUGCCCAGCAUUAAGAAGUUCUCGCUCUGUUAAAGGACAGUCACAGGGACAGAGGAGCGCUACCACUACUUCCACUGCCUACUGUUACGCUGACUUCAAGAGGCUCUCCCAGGACAAGGACAGUGGACACGCACUGAGUAUUUGUUUGAGUAAUUAGCCUAACUACUGCUAGCACUACUCCCACUACUACUCUUGCGAUUUCUACUAUUGGGACAAUCCAUAGGAAGAUAAUCCCAUUGGAUCAGAGAGUGUGGAUCUGUGUGUGCGUUUGUGCGGAGGCAUCCUGUCCUGUCUGGCGCGAGGAUGAGGAUGAAGGAGCUGUCGUUGCGUCAGGACCCUGACCUGAGGAAGGAGCUGGCUCUGCUGGCCCGUGGAUGUGACUUUGUUCUGCCAUCACGCUUCAAGAAGAGGCUCCGAGCCUUCCACGCUGAGCAAGGACAGGCCCAGGUGAAGAGCGAGGCGCCUGUUCCCACGGCGCUGAGUGAAAGCAUUCCAAAGUUCUACUUUCCGCGGGGGCGGCCCAAAGCCAACCUCAACAUUGACGGCCUCAUUGCUAAGAUCGAGAAAAUAUUUUCCCAAUUCCCCAAUGAAAGGGCCACCAUUGAGGACAUGGGGAAGGUUGCCAAGGCGUGCGAGUGUCCACUCUACUGGAAAGCCCCAUUGUUCAAUUCGGCUGGAGGCGAUAGGACGGGCUUCGUGUCCGUUCACAAGUUUGUGGCCAUGUGGAGAAAAAUGCUGCAGACCUGUCAUGACGACGUGUCUAAGUUUGUACACCUCUUGGCCAAACCUGGCUGUAAUUACCUGGAACAAGAGGACUUUAUUCCAUUCCUGCAGGAUGUGGUGAACUCUCACGCAGGCCUGGCCUUCCUGAAGGAGGCGUCUGACUUCCACUCACGCUACAUCACCACAGUUGCCCAGAGGAUAUUCUACAAUGUGAACAGGUCAUGGUCAGGCAGGAUCAGCUGUUCAGAGCUCAGGAAAAGCAGCUUUCUCCAGAACGUGGCCCUGCUAGAGCAGGAGGAGGACGUGAACCAGCUAACAGAGUUCUUCUCCUACGAACAUUUCUACGUUAUCUACUGCAAGUUCUGGGAGCUGGACACAGACCAUGACCUAUACAUAGACCAGAGAGACCUGGCCCGACACAACGACCAAGCUAUCUCCCACAAGAUGAUUGAAAGAAUAUUUUCUGGGACAGUUACCAGGGAUCGACGUCUGCGUAAAGACGGCAGGCUGAGCUACGCUGACUUUGUCUGGUUCCUCAUCUCCGAAGAAGACAAGAAGACUGACACCAGUAUAGAGUACUGGUUCCGGUGUAUGGACCUGGAUGGGGACGGUGUGUUGUCUAUGUACGAGCUGGAGUAUUUCUAUGAGGAGCAGUGUGUGAAGUUGGAGACCAUGGCAAUCGAGCCCCUGCCCUUCGAGGACUGUCUCUGUCAGAUGCUCGACCUGGUCAAGCCGGAGGUCGAGGGAAAGAUCACCCUACGGGACCUGAAGCAGUGUAAGUUGUCUCACAUCUUCUAUGACACCUUCUUCAACAUCGAGAAAUACCUGGACCACGAGCAGAAAGACCCCUUCUCUGUUGUAAGGGAGGCUGAGACAGAGGGCCAAGAGAUCUCGGACUGGGAAAAAUAUGCAGCGGAGGAGUACGAUAUCCUGGUUGCCGAGGAGACUACUACUGAUCAGUACAACGACGGGUAUGACAAUGCUCUGAGUCACAUCUCCAGUGAAUUGUGUCUGAGGACAGAGGAGAGACAUUUCUUUGAGAUCCCCAACCCUCACUGCAAUCUGGACUUGGAUGAGGACGACUUUGAAUAACUAGCACUGGGAGACCAACAAAACAGGGAGAAGAAGCGGCUACGGGAUACAGGACAUUGAGCAGUUGAACGCCAAACCAGAACCAAACGUUCACGCGAAACAAUGGUACAGAUACGAUCACACAGUAGUGAGUGAUGGUCAAACGGCUAACUCUGAACCACAGACACUUGUCAAACGAGGAAUGAAAACAAGCGCUACCACCAAACUACAGGACAACCAUCACACGGUUACUUAGUGGAAGCCGGCAGCCACAGGAACAGGAAACGCCCACCAGACACUAGUCAGAGGGGGAAGUAGCAUCUUGAUCUGCCAAACGAUGCAGGUGCCGGUACCAGCUCUUACCUUUAAGUAGAGGACACUUCAGUCCAUGGCCUCAAACCGCCUCACGUUUUGCCUUUUCUUUCUUUACUCAGUUAAGUGACAUCACGGUUGCAACAAUGUGUUUAAGAAAAGGUGCUGCCGUCAUCUUAGCAGUGGUGUUAAACAUACCUUAAUUUGUUUAAAUGCUGGUUCCUACUGGGUCCUGGCUCAACACUUUGUUAUGUGGUGGCUUGCGAGGCAAUUCAGGAGGCCUUGAGUGGGUUGCAGCGUAAAACAUUUAGGAGAUCCGAGAGACUUUUAGGUGUGUCGAUCACAGCAUGAACGUUUGGUAACCAUUAGACAAGAGCCACUGCAGCACACUUGAAUUAUUAAGUUAAUAUCCCACAUCAAUGACAAACAUUGUUUUGUUACUCAUUCUUAGGAAUUGGCUAAUUCAACAUUCCAGAGAUAUGAACCAUAGAGUCGUUUCUGGUCCGAUUGCAAAGUAAAAAGGUACGGUCUACCUGCUGGGGGGGGGGCAGGGUAGUAGAGUGCUUGAGCUCAGUCCAAAUGCCUGGCAAGGCACAGACUAACUGUACAAUAUUGAGUUCAUCAGUAUAACAUAUUCUGUGUCAUAUGCUAUUUUUGUGUGUGAGAUGGAGUUAUAAAUUUGAAAUAAACUGUAAAUAUUUAUUUUGUGCUUGCUGUGUUGCAAAAUAGGUGGUCAGAUGUUUUAAAAAUUGUUUUUAAAUAUCUGACAAAGUACUUUAAUACAGGAAGUAAAAUGUAUGUUUUGUUCAAAUAAAGAAUGAAAAAGA